UUUUCCGGGUCAGGUGUAUUUUAUUUGUUUGUUUUGCAAUGUUUUUACGAAGAUAUGUUCGCCCCGCCGUCAAAUUCGUUCGUACCAAGCAUUACCAGCACAUUUUGGUGCAUCCAGAGAUACAGUAUGCCAUGCGGCAUGAGCAGCCAGUGGUGGCACUGGAAUCGACGAUCAUAACACAUGGGAUGCCAAUGCCAGAGAACGUGACAACGGCGCUGCAGGUGGAGGAACAGGUGCGCCAACACGGAGCCAUUCCCGCGACUAUCGGCAUUAUUGACGGCUGCAUCAGGGUGGGCCUGACCAAGGAGGAACUCACGGCACUUGCCAAGAAACCGCGGAAUGAGGUUAUCAAGUGCUCGCGCCGCGACUUGCCGUAUGUUGUGGCCAAGGGACAAAGCGGCGGCACAACGGUGGCUGCCACAAUGAUUGUCGCUCAUCGUGUGGGCAUCAAGGUGUUUGCCACCGGUGGCAUUGGCGGCGUCCAUCGUGAGGGCCACGUCUCCAUGGAUGUCUCAGCGGAUCUCACCGAACUGGGACGCACGCCGGUGGCUGUGGUCUGCAGCGGCGUCAAGUCCAUACUGGACAUUCCGCGUACCCUCGAGUACCUGGAAACUCAGGGCGUGUGCGUGGCCAGCUACGACAGUCCCGGCGGUGUCUUUCCGGACUUUUACACCCGCGACAGUGGCUGCAGGGCUGCCUACGAUCUGGCCACACCCAAGGAGGCCGCCGAUCUGCUGCGUUCCUGGCGUGAACUCAAGCUGACGUCGGGCGUGCUCAUCGGAGUGCCCAUACCCGAGGAAUUUGCGGCGGACAAGGGCCAAAUGGAGGCUGCCAUCAAGGCAGCUGUCGUUCAAGCGCUGUCUCAGGGCGUCUCGGGCAAGGAAGUGACUCCGUUCCUGCUGGCAGCCAUAGCAAAGAUCACCCAAGGCAGCAGUCUGCAGGCAAACAUUGCGCUAAUCAAGAACAACGCCAAAGUGGCGGCACAAAUUGCAGCAGCCUUGGCGGGCGGUCCAGCCAGAAAGCAGAGCGAGGGCAAGGAACACCUCAAGAAACCCCUAGUUGUGGGCGCCUCCAUACUGGAUCUCUCCUUCACGGUGGAUGAUCAGAAGCGGGACAUGAAACUGGAUGGAGCCACGUACUCGGCGGUGGCCAAGCAAGCGGCUGGCGGCGUUGGACGCAACAUAGCCGAAGGCAUCUACAAGCUCUACGGCGAUGUGAAUCUGAUAUCCGCUGUGGGCAAGGACCAGAUGGGCCAAACGCUGCUCCAACUGAUGCCCAAGACGCUGCAGCGUGGCAUGAUUCAGGAUGAGAGUCAGGCGACGUCCCUGUGCUCGCUGAUCUUUGACAAGUUCGGCGACUGCAAACUGAUUCUGGGCAACAUGGAGAUCCAUCAGUGCUCCAUCACCCCAGAGACGCUGCAAGCGCACCAGCAUCUCUUUCGCGAUGCACCGCUGAUCAUUAUGGACAGCAACAUAUCGGAGCAGGCCAUGGAGUGUACGUUGCGGCAGGCGCAGAAGUAUCAGCUGCCUGUGUUCUUUGAGCCCACGGAUAUGUUCAUUGCCGGCAAGCCCUUCCAUCUAUCAGCAGAUCUCACUCAGCACAUUCGCUUGAUCAAGCCAAAUCUGCACGAACUGAAGACCAUUGUGGAGGCAAUCACGGGACAAACGGUCGACUGGCAGCCCGACACCAAGGUGGAUCGUGUGCAGCUGCUGCAGCAGACCAAGCAACUGCUGCAAAAGAUUGAAUCUCGUUUCAACUGCAUCAUUGCCACGCUGGGAGAUCAUGGCGUGCUGCUCAGCUUUCGCUCGGAUGCCGCCACGAAUGCGAGCUGCCUGCUCGAUGCCACAACGUCCCAGGUGCCGCCACACAUCACACGCUUCUAUGCCGCACCCAUAGUGCCCCACAUCGUGAAUGUUUCGGGCGCUGGCGAUAGCUUUUGUGCUGGCUUCAUUACUGCGCUGCUGCAGGGCCGCAUUCUGGACGAGUGCGUUGCCGCGGGUUUUGUGGCGGCGGAGCGUGCGCUGCAAUCGGAAUCGGCAGUGCCAGCAACUUACUUUAGCAAUGCGCACGCCUUUGAAGAUCGCUACAAGCAGACACUGAAGACGCUGCAACAGCAGAGCAUUUAGAGGCGUAUUUAUACUCAGG